AUUGACAGGAGUUAAAUACAUUACGCACAGAGAGCGAGAAUACGCCUUACAGCCGACACAGCAGGGAUUGAGUGAAUGCAGAAAUGACUUCUGUAUGGUAUUGAAUAUGACAGCGCGAGCGGGAUAUGGGACGUAGGGUGUGUGUGUGUGGUGUUAAAGUUGACAUUCCCAUGGCCAGAAGCAGCGCGCGCGGGCUUCUCCGCCACAACAACAGCAAACUGGACACUUUCCUCAAGAGGAACACCAGUCGGGAUGUGUACGAGCGGAUCCGGGUCUACGAGCCGUGUGUGGUGGUCUCGGGCUCGGUCAAGAAGGUUUUUAUGCAUGUGAUCUUGAGCGAUGAGCGCGUGUAUCUGAGCGAGUAUCAGCCGCGCGCGCUGCGAGAGGCGCUCAGCUUCAGACACAUCAAGAGCAUCGAGCUGAUCAAUGAUUUGCCAGAUUUCCUCAGCGGACAGGACCGUGAGCGCUCAAUGCACAUCCGUGUUGUUCAUACCGCAAAGGAUCCUGGGAAAAAGAGCUCAAGACCCAAAGGAUCCGUUCAGAAUAAGCCAUCAUUUCCAUCGCGAGGACGCAACUCGAGUGCCCGUCAUUCUCUGGAGGGCGUGAGUCCCAGCUGGAGAAUCUCUCCCACAUCAAUGAGCUCCAGUGACCAGCGGCAGAGUCCCAGCGCUUCAGUCCCGACAGCACUGAUGAGGAGAGCAUCAACUGAGGAGCAGGAGCAGGAGCAGGAGGAGGAGAAAGAGGAAGAGUUACACCUUUAUGCUGUGUCUCCAUCAUCACGAAUAUACCUCCACCUGCAGAGCUCCUGGAGCAGCUACAUCAUACGAUCAACUUUGAUGCUGGACCCAGUGUACAGGAAGAGAUGUGGCAUAUCCUACUCUUCUCCCCAGAAACAGAAAUAUCAGAAAAUCAGCUGGGAACGGACGUGUCACUUGUUCAGUCAGCUGAGCGGAGAGCUGCUGCAGGAGAACAUCAGCCUGGAGAGUCUGUAUUUACUCCUGCAGGAGCUGCACACGGCCACGAACCGCAACCCCACCAUCAAGAAACUCUUCUGGAGGUCACCGGAUCUUUAUCCUUUCCUGGUGAAAACGCUGUCGGAAAGCUCUCAGGGCGGCCAGGAGGGAGUUCACACAGCCGACAGACUUCUGCUGUGCACUUUGGUGGUUCAGAUAUUAAGCCUGAUGUUCAGGGAAACAGAGAUCGAAGCGGCGAGGCUCAGCAUGCUGACGGCCAAACAGGGAGCUCUUACGGAGAACAUGCUGCUGGCUUUAGUGUGUGAUCCAGAUCUCCAGCUGCCAGACUCCACUGAUGCCUCUAAAUCUUCACUUAAUAAGCUGCAGGCAGACUAUCUGGAUGCGGCGUCUGCGCUGCUGUUUGAGCUGGUUGUGUUCUGUCAGGAGGCUAGUCGCACACCUGCUCUGGGACAUUUCCUCACCAUCGGCUGGGUGUUUCGCUUGCUUAAACCGCAUCCGUUCUUACUCCCGUUCGUGGGCUAUCAGGCCCAGCAGCUGGUUCUGGUUCUGUGGGGUCCUCAGGAUCCUCUCAGCCCAUCUCAGGCGGUUCUCCUGUUCCAGCGCUGCCGUGUUCUGUUAGCCUGUCUGCAGCACAGCGCCUGUCUGAGCAAGUACAUCAGGACGGGGUUCAAGGAGGAGUUCAGGUACUAUGUGAAGACGUCAGGGCUGGAGGACAGACUGCCCCAUCACUACCCCAUCAGUCAGCCUGCCCAGAACCUUCUUUCCCAGCUCCUCAGUCUGGUUCUCCAGAAACCUUGAGCUCUGGCUCUUUCUCUUUCUGUUCCUCUGGGAUUCAUUUCUUGUUUUAUUUCUGCAGAUAGACGUUGGAAUAUGCCUUUGAAUGAACAUGCUGCACUUUAAGAUUGAGUCUUGUAUUGUGUCUUACUAUGUUUUGAACAGAGACUGUGGGAUUUUACUCUGCCUUUGUCUACACUCAGGAUUAUUAUCACUGCAAUAUGUGUGUAAAAUAUCGGCAAUUUGAUGGAAAGUCAGUGCAGAGAACAUUUAAUAUAUUCAAAUAUUUAUAAAAUAAUGAACAUAAUGUGCACUUUUCAAUGAACAAUUUCAAGUUUGGCAGGCCACUCUAACAUAUCACAGUAUUAUAAUAUGAAUCUUUUUCAUAUUUGUUUUGCUGUACUGUAACUAAAGCCUGAUGCACUUGUUUAUUUUGGUUGGUUUUUGUUUGAAUGCACUUUUUCUCUGUAAGACUCGACUGAUUUUCAGGGACUCCAUGAACCCC